AUGCGAUCCACGCGCAAGGCGACCGGAUGCUGCGUUGACACGGCGCGGCUGCGGCUGACUACCUUCUUCUUCUGGGUGAUAUCCGUCGAGUGCGAGCCGCACGUCUGCGCGGACGAGUGCGACUGGCGACGCUACCUCGGCAUCGCCCCCACACCCGGCGCGGCGCGCCCCACCGACGACGCCACAAAGGAGAUCGAGGCAAAGGCGCGCGAGAUCGCCGCGCAGCAAAAGGAGAUCAAGCACCCGGACGGCGCCUUCGCCUUCCUCAUCGCCGCCCUCUACCUCUUCUUCAAGAUGUUCCGCCUCACGCGCGCCAUCAAACUGUGGCGGCAUCCAGCACGUGCUCUCGCCGUCGGGCACGCAGCCAUCCGCAUCCUCCUCCGCAUCCUCCUCCACGCCGACAUCGCCGUCGACCUGGUGCCGGAGGAGGCGGCGCGCGAGGGCGUGCGUGCCGCGCUGGCGAGCGGCCUCGCCAUCUUUGUCGCCGCGGGCAUCUUUGUCCGCGACGACGGCGCGCACCGCGGCAGCGGCGCGGACAACGGCCCGCUCGCGCCGCUGCUCCAGGAGGCGCGCGCAAGGGGCAAGCUGGGCAGCGGCGCGAGCGACGAGCGGCUCAUGGCGCACAUCAUCUACAUGGCCCUCUCCUUCUCCCUCGCGCGGAGCAUCAUCCCGGCCGAGUGCGAGCGCGGCGAGUCGAACGCUUGCCUCGAGGAGCGCCUCGAGUCGGCCGAUGCGCGCGCCUCUUUCGCGCGCGUGUUCGACUACUUGCGCGUGCACAGCGGCCAGCGCUUCAGCCUCCGCCUCGUCAUGAACCAUGCGGCGAUCGACGGCAAGGUCUCGACGCGCGACUUCUCCAACAUCAGCUGGGCGGACAAGGAGCAGAUGGAGGAGUUUGUGCUCUGCGAGGAGCUGUGGCGCGGGAUCCGCUGCCCGCAGUCGGACGACGAGCGGGAGGAGAUGAAGAAGCUGAUGGGGAAGAGCGCGUGGAGCCACCUCGCCACAGGCGGCUCGCCUCUCUUCGUCGGCGUCGAGAUCUACAUCCUCUUCCUGGACGGCAGCAAGGAGCUGGCCGCGCUGCUCGUAGAGGUGGGCUCGCCGGUGCGCGGCGUGAAGCCGCUCGGCCUGCGGGAGGUCGCGGAGGGCAGCCUCGUCGACUCCAAGCUGCGGGAGACGAUGCCGCAGCGGGGCACGCUGCUGCAAGCCCCGCCCGACGCGGGCUCCGUCCGCAAGGGCCUCAAGCGCGCGUGCGGGAAGGCGUCUGAGAACAUGGGCAAGGCGACCGCGAUUGCCGAGCGCUCGACCGAGGGCGUGCGGCGCUCCUCGGCGCUCGUCAUGCUCGAGGCGCACGUCAAGCAGGUGGUGCUCUACCUCGCGCUGUACAAUGCGCUGCUGCGCUCAGACGCUUCCAGCGCUCUUGCGGCGCUCGACCCGGCGCUGCUCAAGGCGGCGACGCGCCUGAAGACGCUGGAGGCCGCCGUCGGCCGCGCCAAGAAGGCGCGCGUGGCGGACACGGAGCUGCUCGAGCGCGCGGCGGAGAAGCUCGCGACGCUGCGCGAGGCGGAGCGCUCCGCGGCGACGCUGCGCGAGGGGCUGGUCGCGUCUUACCACGCCCGCUCCAAGCGGCCGCAGGCGCAGCGCGAGGCGGCUGAGGAGCUGGUCGCGGCUUACCGCGCCCGCUCCAAGCGGCCGCAGGCGCAGUCCCCCGACAGCGCGCCUCCAGCAAAGCGGCCAGGCUACCACCAACGAACGGAGGCCGCCGCGGCAGAGCUGCUGCGGCUCGAGGCCGAGGCCUAUCGCGGCAGCCUCGGCAAGGUCGAGCAGGCGAAGCUGGCCAAGAUGCAGAACACAGCCAAGCGAAGCCAGUUGAGAAGGCAGCGGGAGGACGAGGCGCACGAGAAGGCCAUGACGCUGGCAAUCGAAAAAUGCCCCGCCUUCUGGAAGGGCCGCCGAUACCAGCUCGACACGAUCGUUCCGGGCACGGUCGACGACACACCACGCAAGCGUGUUCUGCGGCUGCGUGAUGACCGCAAGGAGGCGAGCUUGCCUGUCUCCGCGGCGAAACUCCUGGCGGCCGACUCGGCUCUCGAGCGGGUGUUGGGCCUUGUGCCGAGAGUCGUCGCAGAUCUCCUUCACAAUGAGAAGAGGAAGGAGGGCAAGGCGAAUGUGUGAGGGGUGGAGCAGGUUGCGGGGCAAGCGCUGAGAGGAGACUAUUCUCGCCGCCUCGCCCACGUGGAGGGCCGCUCGCGCACGCCGCGCGUGCGAGCGAGCGGGCGAGAGAGAGAGAGAGCGUGCGCGCACGCGCUUGGAACAGACUGCGCCCAUAUCACCCUUCACCCCGUGCGCCGUGGUGGACACGGUGGGACGAGCGGGGCACAGAGCCAUGGGUUGUGGUACUAACUUUACAGAGAUUUCACG